GGGAAGCCGGUGGUGGCGGCGGCGGAACGGGUGGAGGCUGCCGGUUUCGUAACCGUCGCUCCUCCUCGCUGACUCGCGGGCUGCGAGGCCUGGGUCCGUCGCGCCGCGCCGCGCGGGGCCGCUCGGAGUGGAGGCCGCCUGGGGGCGGGCGGGCUGGAGGCGCAGGUGCAUGUGAAGAUUUCUUGGCAGCUUAGUGUGGAAACCAUUGAUCACCUUGCCCUCAUUUCUGCCUGUUCUGUGUCAGCAAGAGACAGCGCCCAAAUGAGCAAGAUAGCCCAGCAGAAUAGUGCUCCGGGAAUAAGUGUUAUUCAUACUCAGGCUCCUGCCGGCGGCUUACAACAGGUUCCUCAGCUGGUGCCUGCUGGCCCCGGGGGAGGAGGCAAGGCUGUGGCCCCAAGCAAGCAAAGCAAAAAGAGCUCGCCCAUGGAUCGCAACAGCGAUGAGUAUCGUCAGCGCAGAGAGAGGAACAACAUGGCUGUGAAAAAGAGCCGGUUGAAAAGCAAGCAGAAAGCACAGGACACGCUGCAGAGAGUGAACCAGCUCAAAGAAGAGAAUGAACGGUUGGAAGCAAAAAUUAAAUUGCUGACUAAGGAAUUAAGCGUAUUGAAAGAUUUGUUUCUUGAGCACGCACACAACCUUGCGGAUAAUGUGCCACCCCCUAGCACUGAGAAUACGACUUCUGACAACGCAGGGCAGUAGACCUCACCCCUCCCAAACCUCACGCCUUGUGGCAUGAACGUUAAAGGUGUGACUAUGUACGUCACUCGUAUCGACGGCCGAACCUUGUCUUGUCCCAUUAUUCGGAGACCCACUGAAGGCUGUUUUCUAGAAUCAGCGCUGAAGAGUUGAUUAGCUAAGAAUGUUAGCCAUGUAAUUUGAGUAUCUAGUUUUAAAUGAUACAGAUUUUUUUGUGGGGAUGAAACAAAUUUUUAAGGUAUAUGGUAAAAAAAAAAAAAAAAGACCCUGGACCUUGAUAUUCUUAAUAAAUCCUCACUUCCCAAGAAAUGCUUCUUUUGUAGGUUGAUAAAAGGAAUGGGGAACUGGCAGGUCCCGCAGAACGGUCUUGGUUUUAUUGGAGAUGGUUAAUUAGACUAAGAGAAGUUGAAUGCCAUCUAUGUUAAUCUAUUUGUGGUUUUUUUCUAAAUUAUGUAUUAAAAAUCCUUAGGGCUAUAGAAAUCAAUCACUUUGUAAUUUGGAGUGAUUUUAUGUAUAACAUAAACCUUGUUUUAGCCUAAUUAGUACUGUUCUCCCCUAACAAGUAUAAGUUUUUGAGUAGCGGUGCCAGGUUAAGUAAAUUCCAUUACGUUUUAAAGGCAAUAUACAGCCAGUGGCUUAAAAAUACUAAUGAUUAUGAGGCAAAUAGGUUUCUUAAAAAUAAAGGUAAAGCAUAUUAGAAUUAUGCUUUCAGGAUACCUUUGGGUUAUUGGAUUGGCAUUACUUUGUUUUCUAACAACGAAAAACCCCCAAGAGUUUAGAGAAACUUGUAUCUGUAAACUACAAUUUUUGUUUCUGUAGAUGCUGGUCAAGUAAGUAAAUAUUUUUAAAAUACCAUUUUGACAGCCAAGUUAGUAGACAUGCCUUAACAGUUGACCGAUUGGGAUUUAGGUAGUUUCUCCUGUGUCCAGAUAUCUUCAGUGGGGCCAUGAUUAUUAAAGGCAAAAAUUUCUUGUGAAGGAUCAUCUGGCGUUUGAUCUUAACCAAGUCAUUAUUAGAAAAGUGAUGUCAUCAACUCUGCUGUCUCCCAAAAUAACAGUCUAAGAAAACUUGAAAGCGUAAGGUUUAACCUUUAAUUUAUUUCACUUAAGUACAUCUUUUUAUAUUUUUUUGUGACGUUUCUUUUUCUAGUUAGUGGGCUCUUCUAGACUUUUGUACCACUGCUUCUGUUUGUUCAUUUGUAUGCUUUUGUGUCCCAUAAAUUAUUUUAGAAAGAAAAUACUGAUAAAACUCAGGAUAUUGACAUUUUUGUUGAGACUAAAAAAUGGCAGUCGCUAAAGUCGGUGAUUGCUAGGGUCUGGUUUAUAUCAGUGUUGGUGGUUUUGAUUGUCCUUGUUGAUUUUUUUCUUUUUUUUAGCACAGUCCUAGCUCAGAUUUUUUGGCUUUCGUGUAUUUCUUUGUGUGUGUGUCUAGGCUGGUGACAAGAGACUGAGUCACAUCUGAUUAAAAAGUUUGUGUUACCAGGUAUCUUAUUUGAACAUGGUCACUUAGUUUUUGGCCAUAUUGUUUCUUACUAGCACCUGGAACAGUGUAACCAGGAUGGGACUCAAGUUGCACCCUUGGGUUGGUGCAAAAGUGCGGUCUGGGCAGGUAAAAAUACCACCGUGACCUGCAACUCAGCAAAGCCUCUGGGCCUUGGUGACUGGAACCCAGUGUUGUUCCAUGAGAGCCACUGUCCCAGGAGGGUUAGCUCCCCGGAGAGCCAGGAGACAGGAUCGAGGUUUCUGUUAGGGUCUGAUACCGGUUUACUUUGGCUGGAGUAUCAGUCUAUUUCUAGGUCGAUAGGUGUUUUGACUGACUAGGAGGUAACCCGCAGAAUCCUACUGAAUCUUUCAUAGCUGAUUGAUGUUAUAUAAUUAACCUAUUUAGAGGUACAGUUAGGUCACUUGAAUCGUUAAGCGCCUAUAAAGGUGUUAGACAUUGUAAUCUCUUGUUUACGAAAAAAAAAAUGUCUUUCAGAAAUUGAUGUCCCUAUGGAAUUUAUGGUUACCAAUUAUAUUAACUGACUUAACUGUCUUGGAGAAGAAGCUUUAGGGAAAUCAUCAGGGGUGUGCGCUCGAUACUUCAAAUCCAAACAUAAGAUUGAAACUUGAAAAAUUGAUUCAAGCUUUCCUGUUACCUAUGCAAAUUGGAACUUUAGCACAAGCCGUCAUGUAUGCGUAGAACAAAAAUGUUAAACCAUUGUCUUGACUGUCUUACUGAAGUGUUUGGGAAUGAAAGUUUGCAGUUUGAUAGAUUUAUCAGUAUCAAAUUGAGGGAAACCAGGUGUGGGGAAUGGGUAAGUUUAGAGCUCUGGGAAUUGUAAGAUGACUUUUGUAACUUCUGUUCUGUAGGUUACGUAUGCACCGUUAGGGUUUGAUCUGCCUUUGCCGGCAGGUCCAGUGGUUUAGGAGUAGGCUUUAGUGUAAACGUCUAGUUGCCUCUGAGUCAUCCGAGAUGGGUGCUUUGUGGAUGGGGUUGGCAGCACGUGGGGAGAUCAGAACAGCUCUUCUACCAUCUGGCCUCUUGCGAUGACUGGAAUGUGAGCUCAGACACUUUGGACAUUCUUACUAAGAGGUAGUAAGGUAGUGAUAAAAUAUGACCAGAUGUUUGAAAUUUAGGUCACAAGUGUGAAAUUCUGAAAUUUACAUAAAAAUAGUGUGUGCAAUUUAGUAUUUGGUAUUAAAAGAAAUCAGCCUUUGGUAUUUCUCAGCCGCCAUUAGAGGGCUUGAAACAUACCUGGACAACCCAGUUAGCACUCAGAGUGCUUUUUGAUGCCUUAGAAAUAGGAAGCAAUUUUUUGUUUGACAAAAGCUAGGGAGGAGAAAGUCCAUUCUAAUAGCUGUUAGAGAUGCCUCUCAGGAAAAAGUCCUUACCUUGUUCUUUUUGUUCCUGGCUUUCCUCAGUUUGUGAGAUUACUCUAUUUUUUUAAAUAUAAUUUUAUUUCUUUCAAUGAAUUUGAAAUAAAAAACAUUGGAAUAAUGACUGUA